AUGGGCGAUGGGGGUACCGAGCGCGACCGCGGCGGGCACGGGAGCGUGCACCGCAGCGGAACGAGGGGGCACAGCGGGAGGGACUUUACCCGGACGUUGGUCUCCAGCCCCGCGGGCUCGGGGGAGAGCGGCGCGGACUGUGCGGCGCAGCGCGAAGUGCACGAGACCGACCACUGCCGCCGCAUCCUGGUGCGAGAUGCCAAAGGGACCAUCCGGGAAAUUGUCCUGCCGAAGGGCCUGGACCUGGACCGGCCCAAGCGGACCCGCACCUCCUUCACUGCGGAGCAGCUGUACCGCCUGGAGCUGGAGUUCCAGCGCUGUCAGUACGUGGUGGGCCGUGAGCGCACCGAGCUCGCCCGCCAGCUGAACCUCUCCGAGACUCAGGUGAAGGUGUGGUUCCAGAACCGCCGCACCAAGCAGAAGAAAGACCAGAGCCGAGACCUGGAGAAGCGGGCAUUGUCCUCGGCCACCAAGGCCUUCGCCACGUCCAGUAUCCUGCGGCUGCUGGAGCCAGGGCGGCUGCUGUCCGUGCCCAGGGUCCCCAGCCUGCUGGCGCUGAUCCCAGACCCACCCAGCCUGUCCUCCAGCCACACGGGCACCCCCGGGGGUGACCCCCGGAACUCCUCCCUGUGCCUCACCCCGAUGCCCUCUGCCAAGGCGUCCCCUCCCCUGCCGCCCCUGCCGUCCACCCUCUGCCUGGCGGCUGCUCCACUCCUGGACCUGCCCAGUGGCUGCCGGCUCGGCUGCUCUGCCUUUGAGCCCUACAGCAGGCUGGAAUGGAGAGAAGGCAGUCCCGGGGCAGCAGGAAAGCCAGCGCUUAAGUCCACCCUCCCGUGA